CAAUCUCACAGAUCAAUCUCUAUCUGCAUAUAUUCUCUGUACGAAAAGUUUCCUCUUAAAGAAAAGAUCAUGAAUUGGUUCUCUGGAGCUGUUUUCCUCUUCGGGUUAAUGAUCUGUCUAGCGACGGGACAUGAGGUGGACAGGAUAGUAGAACACAUUACAGGACGGAGCAGGCGUAUGGUGGGAGGUCUCCUCACCCCUGGCCAUGUUCCCUGGCAGGCUUUGGUGUACCUCAGUGACAGUAAACUGGACGGAGGUAUUGGUGGAGGAGCUCUGAUUGCCCCACAGUGGAUUCUGACCGCUGGCAGGAAUCUAUUUGUGAGGAAGACACAAAAAAAUACUAGAGGAAAAGAGCCCUUGAUUCCAAAAGUCUAUCUGGGUAUCAUCCAGCGUUCCAAAGCUGAUGCCGCUACUGAGGUGGCAGUGGAGAAGGUGUUUUUACAUCCAGCUUUCCAGAAUGCCUCAGAUGUAGAUAACGACCUGGCGCUGAUCAAGCUGAAAGAGCCAGUGAGCUUCAGCGAUACACUUUUCCCCAUCCCUCUACCUGAGAAAAACGACAGUCUGGAAGAGAGUGAGGGACAGAGAGGCAUCAUUGCUGGAUGGGGUUGGGGACCGCUUUUAACGUUCUCUGAAAGCCUCAAGUUCCUCGCCCUUCCAAUUCUCAAUAGUAACCACAAUAAGAUUUGGACGACCCGCACUGAAUUCCAGGAGAACGUUUGUUAUGGAGACGCAGGUGGAGCUCUGGCACUCCUUAACCCUGAUACCAAAAAAGUAUAUGCUGCAGGAAUCCUUUCCUACGAUGAGCCGUGUACUAUACACACGGAAGCUAUCUUUAUGAAGGUCUCAGCGUAUCUGCCAUGGAUCCACAGUGUGAUGAGGGGUGACUCGGACAGGUUCUUAUCUCUCCGUGCUUCCAUCAUGAAUAAUCUGCUUUCAAAGUAAAUAUAGACUCUGUACAGUUCUGUGUAAAAUGUAUUAUUUGUUCAUCAAUAAAGAAAUAUAAUAGAUAAA